UCGAACCUGCCCCUUUUCCUUGGUGUGUGAAAAUGGCUGCUGCAGUGAAGAAGAGCAUGAAGAGCGUGUGUUUGAUCGUCAUAGACGGCUGGGGAAUAUCCGACGAGACGAGAGGCAAUGCCAUCAAGAAUGCUGAGACGCCAGUGAUGGACACACUGGCUGAGGCCGAGAGUCGUGGCGAGUACACCACUCUGGACGCCUCCGGUCUGGCUGUGGGGAUCCCAGCUGGAGUGAUGGGCAACAGUGAGGUGGGGCACUUUACCAUCGGCACCGGCAGAGUUGCAUACCAGGACCUGGUGGCCAUAAAUCUGUCGAUAUCAGACAAGGCUCUGGCCUCUAGACCUGUUCUGGUGGACGCCUUCACUACAGCCAAGUCCAAGACCGGCCGGCUACAUUUCCUGGGCCUUGUGAGUGAUGGAGGGGUGCACAGUCACAUAGACCACCUGGAGGCCCUGCUGGCUGCAGCCAAGGAAGCAUCCGUUCCCCAGUCCUUCAUACAUUUCUUUGCCGACGGGAGGGACACUGCACCUGUCAGUGGAGUUCAAUACGUGGGAAGGCUGCAGUCCUAUCUUUCUUCCCUGCAAUACGGGACGCUGGCCACUCUCACCGGCCGCUACUACGCAAUGGACAGAGACAAACGCUACGAGAGAACCAAACUGGCAUUUGAGGGUCUUGUGAAGGGAGAGGGAGAGAGAGUGACCCCAGACAACCUCAUACAGAAAAUGGAGGAGAGGUACAGUUUGAGUGGCAAAGAGCGACAGACGGACGAGUUCAUGAAGCCUCUCAUUGUCGAAGAUGCCGGGACUAUCAGAGACAGCGACACUCUGAUUUUCAUCGACUUCAGAGCCGACCGAAUGAGACAGAUAGUGGAGGCCCUCGGACUCAAACCCCAGUUCCAGACAGACGCCAUCCCGCGUGACCUUAGUGUGUACACAAUGACACAGUACAAGGGAGAGUUUCCGUUCCCCGUCAUCUUCCCGUCAGAUACUCCCAAGAACAGUCUCGCCGAGUGGCUCUCUGCCAAGAGCAUUCCCCAGCUCCACACUGCAGCCGGUCUGCUCAAAGCUCUGCUCUGUGCCUGCUCGCCAAAAAGCACCGUAUGAAUAAUUAUAUACACUCAAAAUGAGACUAGUACCUCACAUGCUACUGCCAUUAACCCACUUUCAAAGUAAAGGAAGAUCCAUCACAUAGAGCACCCCACACAUUAUACCUCUAAAGUUUCACAUCUUUCGCACAGAGACGGAGAAGUACGCACACGUGACCUUCUUCUUCAACGGCGGUGUCGAGGAGGCGUGGCCAGGCGAGGACAGAGUUAUGGUGCCGUCUCCAAAGGUCGCGACCUAUGACCUGCAGCCAGAGAUGAGUGCCAGUGGAGUUGCCAAGGAGGUGGUGAAAGCGGUUAAGAGUGGGAAAUAUCCGUUCGUGAUGUGUAACUUUGCUCCCCCGGACAUGGUGGGUCACACCGGUGUCUACGAUGCUGCGGUUGUUGCCUGCGCUGCCACCGAUGUGGCCAUAGGAGAGAUCCAGAGGGCGUGCGAGGAGACGGGCUACGUUCUCCUAAUCACCGCAGACCAUGGCAACGCCGAGAGGAUGAUUGACGAGGAUGGGAACCCCGUCACCAAGCACACCACCUACCGAGUUCCGUUCUGUGUUCACGGAGAUGGGUGCAAGCUGCUAGAGGUUACUCACGACCCUGGCCUGGCAGACGUCGCUCCCACCGUCCUGGCCAUCAUGGGACUGGACCAACCUCCCGAAAUGACCGGCCAGUCUCUCCUGGCCACUCCCAACUAGCUCCUGAACAAUAGUAUAUAUACCUCUCUUAGAGACUAUUUCUUGUUUCAUAUCUCCUCAUUUCAUUCCCUAGACUCCUCACUGGGUCUUGGAGGUAGAGUAGCAACAUACAUAGCAACUCGCAAUGUAGUGUGAAGCAUAGAGGGAAAACCAAUUCAAUUUGAGACCGAGAGUGUUCUCUGUGGAUUAGGACUGAACAAGCAAUCCACCUGACAAGUUUUUUUCCCCUCUAAGACCUUCUUAUGACUGAUGUACAGUAUCUCCAUCAAUAUUUCCCACUGUGGUAAUGUGUAUGCCUUCCAGUGAGGUCUCACUGCAUACUGACACGUGCGAGAGCGAGAUGCG